AUGCUUCAGGAAAUUGUGAGCAUACAGGAUAUGAUAUCUACACUUUUAGCAUGUGGAGUUUUGCUAUCAGAACCGCAGGACGAUAUUUCCCUCGCGGCGUUCAGACUUCUAAUUAAGGACCUCAUAGUCAUGUAUCUUCUUAUAAAUGAAGGCAUGAUUAUUAUACUAC